GGCUGCCCAUGUGAGUCGGAAGUGGCCGAAAUUUCCGGGAAUCUUUCGGUAGCGGGAUAGCCUCAUGGUGGAAGCACAUUAGAGCGCUUGGCCCGCCCGCACCGGGAGCUGAGGAGAGGAGAUGUCGGCGGCGGGCGACGCCGGUCCUGGGGCCGCGGCCAGCGGGAGCAGCGCGCUCUUCGCGGGCUUCCGCGCGCUCGGGCUCUACUCCAACCACGUGGCGCACGUGCUCCGCUACCAUCGCCGCCACCGGGAGUUCUACUUGGUCACCGCGGCGGGGAGGAGCUUCCACACUUACAACGUGAAGAAGCUAGGCAUAGUUGCUGUUAGCAAUGCUUUGCCACAGAACAUCACAUGUUUGGCAGCAGAUAGAAUGUUGGUCUUUGCAGCAUGUGGCAGCUUCCUGUAUGCUUUGGCUAGAAACAAAGAGGUAGUUCACACUUACAAGGGACACAGGACAGAUAUCCAUCUUGUGCUGCCAUUUGGAGAUCAUGUAAUCUCUGUAGAUGAUGAUAGUGUUCUUAUUAUUUGGGAUACACAGUCAGAAGAAGAAUACUUGCAACUUAAUUUUGAUAAGAAUGUGUUCACAGUUUCUGCAAUUAUGCAUCCAAGUACCUAUUUGAAUAAAAUUCUUCUUGGUAGUGAACAAGGAAGUCUACAGUUAUGGAAUGUGAAAUCCAACAAACUAUUAUAUACGUUUCCAGGAUGGGGUGCAGGAGUGACAGUCCUUGAGCAGGCACCAGCAGUGGAUGUCAUUGCAGUAGGUCUUGUGUCUGGUCACAUCAUAGUGCAUAAUAUUAGGUUUGAUGAAAUGCUAAUGAAGUUUCAACAAGACUGGGGUCCCAUAACAGCAAUAGCAUUUCGUACAGAUGGGCAUCCAGUUAUGGCUGCUGGAAGUUCUGUUGGACAUAUUGGAUUGUGGGAUCUGGAAGAAAAGAAACUUCUAGGACAGAUGAGAGACACACAUUCCACAGCAGUGUCUGGUAUGUCAUUUGUCCAAGGAGAGCCACUUCUUAUUACUAAUGGUUCGGACAAUGCUAUAAGGGUAUGGAUCUUUGAUGGCCCUGGAGGAAAUGGUAGACUACUGAGAUACAGAAUGGGACAUAGUGCACCUCCAACAAAGAUCAGAUAUCAUGGGCAAAAUGGGCAGCAGAUUCUUAGUGCCGGUCAAGAUGGUACCUUGCAGUCAUUUUCCACAGUGCAUGAAAGAUUCAAUAAAAGUUUAGGACGUGGUUCUAUAAAUAAGAAGUCAAAAAAGAAAGGCUCUCAGUAUGGUACAAUGGCACUUCCUCCUAUUACAACAUUUGCAGCAGAGACAGCUCGUCAGAGUGACUGGGAUGGAAUCAUUGCUUGCCAUCAAGGUUAUGUAACCUGUACUACCUGGAAUUAUCAGAAAUGUUCAAUGGGUAUCUAUAAACUGAAACCAAAAGACUUCAGCAAAAAUAAACCUCUUGGUGUAUAUGCAACAGCAGCAGAUAUCACUUCCUGUGGAAACUUUGCAGUAAUUGGACUUACAACAGGACAUGUGGAUGUAUAUAAUAUGCAGUCUGGCAUUCACAGAGGACGUUAUGGCAAAGAAAAAGCUCAUGAUGGUUCCAUAAGAGGAGUAGCAGUGGAUGGAUUAAACCAGUUUACAAUCACAGCCGGAAGUGAGGGGUUGAUCAAGUUUUGGAAAUUCAAGACCACAAACUUUCUCCAUUCUAUUAAUCUUCCCUCUUCUCCAAAUAAGAUAUUGCUUCACAGAGACAGUGGCAUUCUGGGAAUUGCAAUGGAUGAUUUCGGCAUUGUGGUUCUGGAUACAGAGACAAGAAAAAUUGUAAGACAGUUUUUUGGGCACCAAGGCCAGAUAAAUGACAUGACUUUCAGUCCUGAUGGCCGUUGGCUAAUAAGUGCAUCUAUGGACUGUACCAUUAGGACUUGGGAUCUGCCAUCUGGAUGCCUUGUUGACUGUUUUCUGUUAGAUUCAGCACCAGUAAGCAUCACUAUGUCUCCCACUGGAGAUUUCCUGGCUUCUUCCCAUGUGGAUGAUCUUGGAAUUUACCUGUGGUCUAAUCGCUCAUUGUACUCACUUGUCUCCUUGCGUCCACUCCCAUCAGAUUAUGAGCCUGCUGUAGUAAUGCUUCCUGGAACAUGCCCUGCUCAAGAUGUGGAGGUCACAGAAGAGGAGGAAGCAAGUGAUGAAAUGAUAGAAUACGAUUCUCCGGAGCAGCUGGGAGAAGCGUUAGUGACCCUUUCUGUGCUGCCAGAAUCCAGAUGGAAGAACCUCCUCAGUCUUGAUAUUAUUAAGCAAAAGAAUAAACCCAAGGAGCCACCCAAAGUGCCAAAAUUUGCACCGUUCUUCAUCCCCACAGUUCCUGGUCUCGUACCACGAUAUGCUUCUGCUGAACAGGAAAAUGGUGGACAACAGUCAAAAGUAGUUAAUUUUGGUGUAUUGGCCCAACAAUCUGAAUUCUGCAUGCAGCUUGAAGAAGCUCUUAGAAGCAGCAACUAUAGACCUCCUAUACGGAUUCUGAAGGACCUGGGACCAUCGAACAUUGAGAUAGAACUGAGAGGCUUGUCUCCUGAUGGCGGGGGAUCUGUCGAGGUGAUGCAGAGCUUUCUAAGAAUGAUUGAGGCGAUGCUGAAUACAAAGUGUGACUUUGAACUGGCUCAAGCCUACCUUGCAUUGUUUCUUAAGUUACAUCUUAAAAUCCUUUCCUCGGAGCCAGUUUUGUUGGCAGAAUUAUCCAGGCUGUCACCCCAGCUGGAGGAAAUCUGGAUCCAUUUGCAGACUCUUUUCAACCAAAGCCUUUGCAUUUUAAAUUAUGUUAAAACUGCUUUAUUAUAAUGUACCUUUUGUUCUGUAAGAAUCAAGAUGUUGAAUCUCCCCUUUCUUUUAUAAAAUCUGUCUAAUUAUGAAUACUGAGCACCAGGUUUUUAAAAAGUUAACUGCAUUUUGUUCAAACUGACUUCACUUUGUUCAAUUUAAAUUUGAAUUUCUGCCUGGAUGAAAGUGUGGGAUAAUUAUUUAUUAUUUAUAAUAAAAAUAACAUGAGUUUAA